AAAAAAACAACGGGUUUGCGAAGCUGGAGCCGGGCCGGAGCCUUGGACCGGUUAUUUAAAGGGCAGUUGGCGGGCAGAUUGAAUAAUGAAACCUUUUUAGGGUGAGAAAUUGAUAUCUUUGUACGGUGUUGAGCUGAAUAAUGGCUCAGAAAUUCGGUGGUCGGUUGCUCCCCACUGGAACCCCCUCGGUGGGUUGGUCCUUCGUCGUCGUCAUCUCUUCGCUUCUCGCCGGCGCCUCCGUCGUCCACAACAUCUACAAACCAAAUCUUAACUCCAUUCAGAAAGCUCAUAAUCAGUGGAUUGGACAGAUUGAAGCAGGGGAGAGGGCCUUUGGUGGUCAAGACCGUUGCCGCCACCAUGCUAGUGCUCUUCGCCUCAACUCUCUACAAUGCGGCGGAAAUCCGCCGGCGAACGGCGGAGGCCGGCUUCCUCAGCCAGACCGACGAGGUUCUCAUGGCUCAUCGCCUUCUCGAAGCCUCCAUGAUCGGAUUCUCGCUAUUCCUCGUGCUGAUUAUAGACAGAAUACAUAAUUACAUCAGAGAGCUUCAUCGACUUAGAACCAAUUUGGAAGCAAGAUCUGAAGCACGCACAUGAAAAACAUCGAAAAAUCUGAAAUUUAUUUUAACUUUGCUUCCUAUUAUCUGUAAAUGCAAUAUAUUAAUUAAUAAUGAUUGAUAUUGAAUAUACA